UGAAAGAAAGUCGUCUGGAGUACUGCUAUGAAGGCCACUUUCCCCACUUUGUGCCAACGUAGUUUAAAUAUAGGCCUUGUUAUUGUAAAAACAAGAGAAGCUGGAAAAGAAAGACUGCUUGUUUAUUACUGAGGACAUAAAACUCUCUGGGAUGAGGGGAGAUCUUCGGUUGGCCCUGCUCCUACUGCUGUCUGCAGCUGUAGACUCCAACAGUGAGUGGAAAGGCUUGAAUGACAUUAUUUUUGUAUUAUGAUAUGAUGUUUAAAGUUUCUGCUUAAUCAAACUUUAAACAGUGAGAUAGAAACAGGCAGAUAGUUUGGUUUUAUUUGUGAAAGUUUUGGUAUCUGCUGUUGGUUUUUUCCUAAAAUUUAUAAAUGUUUAUUUCAACAAUAUAUAAUUUCGGAAUACUGUGUCUUGUGAUCUUGAUCUGAAUGAUCCACAGCUAUCCCCAAUACCUGCCAAAAAUGCUUCACUUUCAUGCACCUCUAUGCAAAUGUGACACUACUUUGAAAUAUUUGUCUCAUCCUGUUUCAGUAAGUAUCCUAAUCACUUAUAAUGUAAAAAACAUAAAAGCAAUAUAAGGUCACGCCUUGCAACAUUUUCUUAACACUUUCUGAACUGCACAUCUGAGUUAAAUGGCACCAGAUUUAAAUAAAAUACAGCAAGAUCAAAAAUCAUAUUCAAGAGUUAGAUGAUCAGCUUUAGUGAUACCGAGUUUGUUUGCUAAUUGGCUCCUGUCUUGUACCACUACAUCCAAAUGUUGGCUUCUGGGUUUAAGGCAACAUAAAUGACAAUAUUGCCAUAAAAAAAUAAAGUUUAUUAUCUUCAAUCAGUUCUCAGCUUUUGUAGACGACGUCUGGCAAAUGUCGUGUUUUUUAAUUGUGUUUGACUCAAAAUGGGAAGCCUGUUUUUCACAUUUGUUGCUAGGCACAUCUCCACCAGGCAAACCAGUCCUGCUGAGCUGCAGGUCCCCUGAGAAGGAGACGUUUACAUGCUGGUGGGAGCCAGGACCAGAUGGAGGUCUGCCGACAACAUACCGCCUCUAUUAUGAGAGAGAAAGAUUAGAUGGAAUACACGAGUGUCCAGAUUAUCAAUCAGCCAGCAAGAAUUCCUGUUUCUUUGACAAGAAUCACACAUCCAUCUGGGUCGACUACUACCUGACAGUGGUGGCCUUUAAUGACCUCGGAAAUACAACUUCAGACCCCCUUAAGAUAGAUGUGAUGGAUAUUGUGAAGCCCGACCCUCCUGAAAAUGUGACCCUGCUUGUGAAGGACAUCGAGGACAGUCCACAUCUCCAUAUCAGCUGGGAACCUCCUCAUAACACAGACACCAAGUCUGGCUGGGUCACCAUUAAAUAUGAAAUAAGAGUCAAACAAGGGAACAACAAGUGGAAGGAGUACAUGUCAGGAACACAGACCCAUUUUAGCCUGUACAGCAUCAGUCCUGGGGUGGAAUACACAGUCCAGGUGCGCUGUAGAUUAGACCACGGCUCUUGGAGUGAGUGGAGCAAUACUUCUGAUGUGAAAAUCCCAGACUAUCUCCAUGAGAGACCUUUCUGGAUUAUGGCUUCCACUCUCUUUAUAAUCCCAUUAUCAGCAACACUUGGCAUCCUGGUCAUUAAGAGAAGCUACUUGAAGCAGUGUGUUCUGCCACCUAUCCCGGGGCCAAAGAUAAGAGGAGUUGAUUUUCAGCUUCUGAAGAGUGGGCCAUCUGAUGACGUGAUCAAUGCCUUUAACCAGAACUUCCCUCUGAUGGAAGCCUGGAAAGAUCAGAUGGACGACUACUUAAUUGUCACUGAAAAUGACAGUGGACUUAAUCGUGAUUCCUUCAUCUCUCAAGAAAGGAAAAACAGCUGGACAUUUCCCAGCAGCUUCUGCUUAAACUCUGACAUCCAAUGUAGAGAGUCAAGACCAAGCUUAAAUGACCAGGAGAAAGCAGGAAAAACAAAGAAUGAGAACGAUAAUUUUGACAAAAGCAACAAGUCUCUCCCAGAGAUGAGUUUGUCAGACAUGGAGCAAACACAGCAACAUGCUCAGAAGCUGCAGGGCCCAGGUUUAAACUUGAUCACAGAAGCAAAAGAUCACUCAAACCACAAAAACACAAUCAUUCCAUUCACAAACAGCGAUUAUGUGGAUAUUCAGAGACAUGACAACCAGCAGGAGGAAGAUGUGAAACAGCUGCAGUACAGCAGAGUGAGAGAUACAAAUACUGACAUUAAUCUCAUCCUGAAUAAAGGAAAUUUACUCUUCAGCUCUGGAUAUAUGGACAUUCAAAGACAAGAGGAGAACACGUCAGAUGGCUACAGCAGAGUGAAAGAGGUGGAAGGUGACAGUGUGGUCAUCCUGCAGAAACAAAUGAGAUCAGCUGACCCACACUACAAAGACAAGGCCAACAAUUACAUAGCCUGUGACUUUCAGAAUCAAGGAAAUUUGAAUGGAGCCAGUAAAGAGCUGAACAGUGGAUAUGUAGAUGCCACCCCUGCAUCACUAUUAAUGUAAUUUUUUUUUAAAAUAUGCAAUGUUUAUGCACAAAUUAGUUAUUUCCAUGCUAAGAUUUUCACAAUAUAAAAAAAUCCUGUAAUCAGAUGAUUUGUUAAAAAAGCAGACAUCCAUUAAUCCAUCAAAGUAAAACAUCUUAAAAUAAUUGUGCAGAUUAUUGCUGCAGGUAAUUAUAGCAACUUUAAUGGAAAAGCCACAGGCACUACUGGUCCUCUGAAAGUUGAAAGUUUUUCCAGUGAUACCUGUCUGAUGGAUUUGCUCAAAAGUAUUCCACCGUUCAUUCUUUAGGCAGAGUCAAAUUUCUUUGGUGUUAUCAACAAAUGAGACAGAUUGCCUUGAUUUGUGGUGCAGACAUUCAUAUUUGACAAUGACUGUUUGUA